GAAUAUAUCGACUAGGAUACUGUUUUCGAGAAUUUAAUGACGGCUAACGGGUACACAUAUGUGUAAUAAAAACUACUAAUUGUUCCAACGAUAGAUAUGUGUAAUUCACACAGAGUCGCACAAACAGGAAGUAAGAGGAACAAGCCAAUCAGCUCCACGGAGCAUGUGUCACGCGUGAUGCACCGUCUCUGGUGAAGGUUACGGUUAGUUGAACGUGUGCACUGUUACCUGUUACCUGAAGCAGAGGCUACAGACAGAUUCGGGAAACAACGCCGUGCGCAGCUGCGUGAUGGCAGGCCUGUCCAGCUAUGCAUUGCGGAUGGCCAGACUGAGCUCACAGAUCUUUGGAGAAGUUGUGCAUCCAACUGACCCGAAAUCUAUGAAGGUGGUCCAGCUAUUCCAGGAGCCCCCUACGGCCAAGAGGAAGGAGGUGUAUGACUGGUACCCACACCACAAGAUUUACUACGCUGUGACCCAGAAGCUCAGGUUCAUGGGUCUGUUCAGAGAUGAGCAUGAAGACUUCAAGGAGGAGAUGCGUCGUCUGAGGAAACUGAGAGGAAAAGGGACGCCAAAAAAAGGAGAGGGGAAGAGAGCAGGCAAGAAGAAGUGAACUGCGGCACGUCUGCUCCCCGAGGCUGCACAGGACUCGUUCUUCGGUUUCUCUGCAGGCUGCGCUGGCUGCUGUGCACCGUGGUGGGAUGCUGGUCCUGAGAGCGUUCCACUGGUCGGGACUGUCCUGUGUUUCUGUGCUGACAGGACGCUCUGAGUCGGGCGUAUCCCACUUCUGUUAAAUUGUGUAUGUCAUUGAACGUGUGUGUGGCAGUAAGAGGGCUGUGCUUAUAUCUUAUUACCACAUAAUAAUGUCUUUCUGUCGAACAGCCCAGGAGGAAGCGUUAGCUGCUGACAGCUUGACUGUGGAUGGAACGGCUCAAAUGUAUAGAAGUAGACACCCUUAUUUUUCACAAUAAAGUCAAUGUGAUAAAUCUGCAGA